AUGUUCACGGAGCGCACUAAUGUAGGAGUGAUUGGAGGGGGAGCAUGGGGCACAGCCUUGGCAAUGCAUGCAGCAGCCAUGGGGCACGACACUCUCAUUUGGGCGCGCGAGACAGAAGUGGUCAGCAGCAUCAAUGACCCGGCAGUCAAGGAGAACACCACCUAUCUGCAAGGAUACAAGGUGCCAGAAGCUUUACGUGCCUCAAAUGACAUCGCGGCUGUUGUCGCGCAUGCCGAGAUUCUGCUGAUGGUCAUUCCGACACCGUUUGUGGCUGCCACAAUGUCCACCAUCAGGGACAGCCUACGCCCCGAGCAGAUCAUUGUGUCAUGCACCAAGGGCAUCCUGAAUGACACUCUGGAGACGGUGAACCAGAUUCUCACCCGAGUGGUUCCUGAGGCUCUCCACAGCCGGCUUGCAUAUCUCAGCGGCCCCAGCUUUGCAGCAGAGGUGGCACAGGGGAUGCCCACAGCAGUGACCAUUGCCAGCAAGACCGACACUGCCGCGGCGCGCGUGCAGUCGCUGUUCUCAACACCUCGCUUCCGCUGCUAUCGCACCACCGACGUCGAGGGGGUGGAGCUUGGCGGUGCGCUGAAGAAUGUGCUGGCGCUGGCGUGCGGCAUCAGCGACGGGCUCGGCUUUGGCUGCAACGGCCGCGCGGCGCUGAUCACGCGCGGCCUCAGCGAGAUGACGCGGCUGGCCGUCGCGCUGGGCGCCCACCCGCUGACCAUGGGCGGCCUGGCCGGCAUGGGCGACCUCGUCCUCACCUGCACAGGGGAUCUGAGCCGGAACCGCACGGUGGGGAUUCGGCUGGGGAAGGGUGAGAAGCUGCAGGACAUCAUCGACAGCAUGAAGGCCGUCGCUGAGGGAGUGCUCACCUCACGCUCUGCACACCAGCUCGCCCUGAAGCUGAAUGUGGAGUGCCCCAUCAUUGCUGGAAUCUAUCGGGUUAUCCAUGAGAAUGCAGAUGCGCGAGCUGUUGUCAGCGAGACCAUGAGCAGGGAGCUCAGAGCCGAGGUCGACCCAGAAUUGUUUGAAGCUGCUGCACGGCAGCGAUAAGCCAUAUUUGGAGGAAUGCACCCUGCAAAGACUGCGCCUCGGUUUUAUUGAGGAACCUGACGAUGAGCAGUGUUUAGAGGUCGCCGUAUACGUGUCAUGUUAUGAAGGCCGCCUUCAGGCCUGAGGUCACAGCCCCAGCAUCCUGAAGAUGUCGUGCAAAAUACAUGAGCCUAUUCAACCUUGUGCAAUAGUAGUGUCCACAAUGGUGUUGCUAAUGGUCCAUUGAGCAAGGUGAAGCUCGACAAUUGUGCAACAGGCGGUGUUUGAUUUAGAUACAGUAUGCUUUGCCACCCUUCCAAAUGUCACACGAGAAAGGCAGUGUAGGUAGAUGCAACAAUUGCAAUGAUUCCGCGUCAGAUUUGUGCCGUUCAACAUGAGCAUUGCUCAGGGUGCAUGCAAUGCGCACUACAGCACAGACAGCCUUUCUGGACGUGGAGGCAUGCUUAAUGAAUUGACGAAUCAAAUUUGUAUUGUAAUUACAGCUCCAAGUGUU